AUGGCAUCCGACACCUCCUCUACCUCUGUUGAAUCCUCCCCUGUUUUCAACAUCUCUGAACCGGCAAAAACAUUGAUCUCCCUCAACAUGGCCAACAUCACCAAACUCACGCCAAACAACUUCAUCACUUGGCGUCUGCAAGUUCAAUCUCUUCUUGAGGCUCAUGAUCUUCAUGUCUUCAUCACCAAUGAAGACAACACGCCUGCUGCAACAAUCACCACUGCUACCGCUGAAAACCAACCAAAUCCACAUCUUGCAGCCUGGAAACGUCAAGACAAGCUCCUUUUCAGUGCUGUUCUAGGUUCUCUCUCCCUCUCCGUCCAACCGAUUGUUGCUCGUACUACAACAACACGGGAUCUCUGGCAAACCCUCUCUAGCACUUACGGGAAAUCCUCUCGUGGCCACAUCCGACAAAUCAAGGACCAACUCAAGGAUGUUUCUAAAGGAAACAAUUCAAUUCAUGACUAUAUGCGAGACAUCAUCAACAAGUCUGACAAACUUGCUCUCCUUGAUGCUCCCCUUCCCCAUGAAGAUCUCCUUGACUACAUAACAUCUGGUCUCGGAGAAGAAUACAGAGCAGUUGUCGAGAUGGUUCAAGGUCAUGAUACGCCGAUCUCAAUCCCUGAACUUCAUGAAAAACUUAUCAACAGGGAGAAUGCACUCAAGGUCUCUGGAAAAACAGAGUUCUCUGCUCCGGUGACUGCGAAUGCCACUCAGUUCUCCUCUCGACAGUCUAAUUCAUCUUUGCGUGGUGGCUACAACCCUUCACGUGGUGGUUUCCGUCCAUCUCGCCCGUACCUUGGGAAAUGUCAAAUCUGUGGAGUUCAAGGACAUGGUGCUCGCAGAUGUCCACAGUACAGCGCACCAUCAUCGACUCCUUCUUUCUCACCACACUACUCUGCUCCAUAUCGUUUUCCUGCACCUUGGGCUGCACCUCACCUGCCGCUUCCCACGCCUCAAUGGCAACAACAACCUCAGGCUCAUCACACGACAAGCUCACCUCACCCCGACCUCUCUCCGUGGCUUCUUGAUAGUGCUGCGUCACACCACAUUGCGAGUGAUCUCUCCAAUCUCUCUCUCCAUGCUCCGUACACUGGUGGAGAAAACGUUAUGGUUGGGAAUGGAUCGAAUCUCCCCAUAACUCACUCUGGUUUCAUCUCCCUUCCCUCUUAUUCCCGGAACCUUAAGCUUAACAAUGUUUUAUGUGUUCCUGCAAUGAAGAAAAAUUUGAUCUCUGCCAACAAGCUUUGUCAAAAUAACAAUGUAAUGAUUCAACUGUGUCCCUUUACUUUUCAGGCGUAG